GCUUUUUUUUUUCUCAGCAAUGAAUCCACCCUUUAUUGUUACUCACAAGGAUUGCGAUUUACACAGUAUUGUUAAUUCAUUUGCUGCUGUACCCGAUCAUUGUCCCCGAUAUGUGCUUGGUGAUAAUCUUCACAUUGGCUUAUCGAAUUCGAUGGGUAAUGUGUUUUCCUAUACCGAUUGUGGCUUAAUUGUGGAACCCUUCUGGAAACACUCUAUUUGUGCUUACAAUGAGAACAUUUGGAAUUGUUACAGUUUUGUUAUGGAUUUUCUUCAGUAUGCAGAUUUGUUGGAGCGAAAUAUUGGUGCCGCGGAUGAGCUAAUUUCGAGUCAUGUUUGUAAAGCAUUACAACGAAUGUUUCGAUAUUUCAGCUUGUUGAAUUGCCUGUCUGGAUUUUCUUCAUCUUCAUGUUUCAUUUUGGCAUAGCU